UGCUUGAUCUACAUUUUUUUCCAAACUUACAGUGAUCAAGGCGAUAUGAAAAACACAAAAGAGGAAUUCACCACGUUAGUUAUCAAAAUAGGUGUAACUGUCGCCAUUUUCCUUCUCAACACUGGUUUGGCCUUGAAAGCCAUUGAGUUGUGCCAAGAAAGCUUGAUUUUACUAAACAACGGUGAUUUAAGCGCGGACAGUCCAGUUGCCAAAUCAUUUGACGAACGCAUCCGCACCACAGUGAAAAGGGCGCGGCUCACUCUAUGCAAUUCACCAGGUAUUGAAGAAUACCUCAGAGAACCUUUACUUCACCCUGAAGAGGUAAAGAAAUUUAUGAAUUAGCAAUAAAUGUCAUGAAAAUGACCAGAAACAGACAAAAAGAAGCAACAAGCUACGCGAACAUGGGAGUACUGUUCAGGUCGCUUGGCAAAUAUGACAAGGCCCAAGAAUACCUAGAGAAAGCUCUCGCUAUUCAAAUAGAAAUUGGCGACAGAUAUGGAGAGACAGCAGUCUAUGGGAGCCUCGGAAUAGUGUUCCAGUCGCUUGGCAAAUACGACAAGGCCCGACAGUACCUGGAGAAAGCUCUCGCUAUCAAAAUAGAAAUUGGCGACAGAGAUGGAGAGGCAGCAAGCUACACGAACCUCGGACCAUUGUUCAUAUCGCUUGGCAAAUACGACAAGGCCCAAGAAUACCUGGAGAAAGCUCUCGUUAUCCAAAUAGAAAUUGGCGACAGAGAUGGAGAGGCAACAAGCUACGGGAACCUCGGAACACUGUUCAUAUCGCUUGGCAAAUACGACAAGGCCCAAGAAUAUCUAGAGAAAGCUCUCGCUAUUCAAAUAGAAAUUGGCGACAGACAUGGAGAGGCAACAGUCUAUGUGUGCCUCGGAAUAGUGUUCCAGUCGCUUGGCAAAUACGACAAGGCCCGACAGUACCUGGAGAAAGCUCUCGCUAUCAAAAUAGAAAUUGGCGACAGACAUGGAGAGGCAGCAAGCUACACGAACCUCGGACCAUUGUUCAUAUCGCUUGGCAAAUACGACAAGGCUCAAGAAUACCUGGAGAAAGCUCUAGUUAUCCAAAUAGAAAUUGGCGACAGACAUGGAGAGGCAACAAGCUACGGAAUCCUCGGAACACAGUUCAUAUCGCUUAACAAAUACGACGGGGCGCGACAAUACCUGGAGAAAGCUCUCGCUAUCCAAAUAGAAAUUGGCGACAGAAAUGGAGAGGCAAUAAGCUACCAUAGCCUCGGAAAAGUGUUCCAGUCGCUUGACAAAUACGACAAGGCCCGAGAGAACCUGGAGAAAGCUCUCGCUAUCAAAAUAGAAAUUGGCGACAGACAUGGAGAGGCAGCAAGCUACACGAACCUCGGACCAUUGUUCAUAUCGCUUGGCAAAUACGACAAGGCCCAUGAAUACCUGGAGAAAGCUCUCGCUAUUCAAAUAGAAAUUGGCGACAGACAUAGAGAGGCAGCAAGCUACAGGAACCUCGGACUAUUGUUCAUAUCGCUUGGCAAAUACGACAAGGCCCGAGAAUACCUGGAGAAAGCUCUCGUUAUCCAAAUAGAAAUUGGCGACAGAGAUGGAGAGGCAACAAGCUACGGGAACCUCGGAACACUGUUCAUAUCGCUUGGCAAAUACGACAAGGCCCAAGAAUACCUAGAGAAAGCUCUCGCUAUCAAAAUUGAAAUUGACGACAGACAUGGAGAGACAACAAGCUACCAUAGCCUCGGAACAGUGCUCCAGUCGCUUGGCAAAUACGACAAGGCCCAAGAAUACCUGGAGAAAGCUCUCGCUAUCAAAAUAGAAAUUGGCGACAGAAAUGGAGAGGCAACAAGCUACGUAAACCUCGGAACACUGUUCAAAUCGCUUGGCAAAUACGACAAAGCCCAAGAAUACCUGGAGAAAGCUCUAAGUAUUUACAGGAGAAUGGCUCACUUUAGAAACCUUGGACAUUUGUUUCUGUCAUCGGUAAAUAUUUAAAGGCUGACGAUUUUUUGGCGACAACGAAAUCGGUUACAGACAAGGACAAGCAGAAAAUUUCAGAUUUCGUAAACCUCGGAACACUGUUCAAAUCGCUUGGCAAAUACGACAAAGCCCAAGAAUACCUGGAGAAAGCUCUAAGUAUUUACAGGAGAAUUGGCGAUAGAAAAGGAGAGGCAAACACUUUAGUAAACCUUGUACAUUUGUUUCUGUCACUCGGUAAAUAUUUAAAGGCUGACGAUUUUUUGGAGAGAGCGAACGCAAUUUGUAGGGAAAUCGGUUACAGACAAGGACAAGCAGAAAAUUUCAUAUGCCUUGGGAUAAUUUCACAUAAGCGUGGUGAGUACGACAAUGCUCUAGGAUAUUUCAAGAAAGCCCUUCAAAUUCACAUGGAUAUUGGUAUGAAAGAAGGUGUUGUUGCCAGUUGCGCAAAUUUAGGAUUGUGUUUUCAAUCGCUCGGUAAAUAUGACAUAGCCGAGGAAUACUUCAAGAAGGCUAUCUUACUAAGCAGGGAUAUUGGACACUUCUUGUAUGAGUUUCAAUGCCUUCUUGGUCUAACGGUGUUGAAGGUAUCACAAUUUGAUCUUGAAGCAGCCCUUUCGUCUCUUUUCCAAACCAUUGAAAUGUUUGACACUUUGCGAGGAUCUCUUAAAGACAACGAUGAGUUUAAAACAUCACUUUUGGAGACGUACGGCACCUUUCCCUACAAGUUACUCAGUUGUUUGCUUUCUUCCACGGCAAAGCCACAAGACGCUCUCUAUGUCGAGGAGCUGAGACGGGCGAGGGGCUUAGCCGACUUGAUGGCAGCUCGGUUCUCUGUUGUAGAGCAGAUCUCAGGCGAUCCAAAAUCAUGGUAUGGGAUUCAAAACAUUGUCGCAAAGGAAACUGACUGUGCAUGCCUCUACAUUUCUGUUGGAGAAAAGCAUAUGCGCUUCUGGAUUCUCAAAGCAACAGGAGCUAUUCUUUUUUCAAAAGAGGAAUGGAGCCUGGAAAAAAACGUGGUGACCGGAUUAGUCCCUCACUUGGAUGAAUUUUUUAGGAAAAGCUUUCGUGGCCUUGGUAUUUUACCCGAACAGAAUUGCGAAGAUCGAUCUCUAGAUGACACGAAAUCGAUGUCACUUGACCAUGAAAAUCAACCGCUCUUGCGUGAUUGUGACGAGAAAGUUAUCAAAAAGUAUCUUCACUUGUGCCAAAAGAUAAUCAUCGCUCCUGUGGCCGCUUUACAGAAUGAGUCCGAAAUUAUCAUUGUCCCUGAUUCCUGUAUGUACCAGGUACCAUUUGCGGCUUUAACUGACAAUGGAGGAAAUUUUGUAUCAGACACAUUCAGGUUACGCAUCGUUCCCUCUUUGACGACUCUCAAGCAUAUUCAGGACAGUCCCCCAUACUAUCACAGUCAAACAGGUGCACUGAUAGUCGGUGACCCUCAGGUUGGAGAGGUGAUUUACAAGGGAAGACGCAAGAAUAUAACACGGUUGCCAUGUGCAAGAAAGGAAGCAGAGAUGAUUGGAAGACUUCUUGGUGUGGCACCUUUGAUUGGAGAUCGUGCGACAAAGCAGGCUGUAAUUCAAGCAAUAGAUUCAGUGAGUCUGAUCCAUUUAGCUGCCCAUGGUGAUGCUGAAAGAGGAGAGAUUGUCCUUUCCCCAGAGUGUUCCGCUGACUAUGUUCCGCGAGAAGAAGCCUACCUCUUGACGAUGGCGGACAUUUCACGAAUUAAGCUUCGAGCUAAACUGGUGGUACUAAGCUGUUGUCACAGUGCACGUGGACAGAUUAAGGCCGAGGGAGUUAUUGGAAUCGCUCGAGCGUUCUUAGGAUCCGGUGCUCGCUCAGUGUUAGCGGCACGGUGGGCCUUAGAUGACACUGCCACAGAGAAGUUCAUGACUUGUUUCUACGAGCACUUAUUCCGCGGUGAAAGCGCCAGUGAAUCUCUUCAUGAGGCCAGGAAAUGGAUGAGAAACAACGGCUUUGUAGAAGUCUCUAAGUGGGCGUCUUUUAUGCUGAUUGGCGACAACGUGACAUUUGACUUGGCAAAUUGGCCUGUGUCUACUACAACCAAAUAG